AUGGCUUCUCAGUCAUCCUUUGCGGUGGGGGCAUCGCUCUCCUUGACUCCGAUAACCUUUGGCCAAAGUCCUUUGUGCGGCUCUCUUGCUCCGACUGCUACGGAAUGGUCAGCCUUAAACGAGACCGUGGAAGGACGUUUGUAUCACGGUCAACCCUGGGCAAAAUCAUGUUUUUCGACUUACAACGGCAACAUUGUUCAAAGGAACGAGGACGAAUGUAAAUAUGUCCAAGAGAACUUUUUCAACAGCCACGUCAACCGAUCUCAUGCCUUUGGUGCCUAUUCAGCUACGCAAUACGAAGGGUGUAUGGCAACAGGAGAAUCUUGCGUUCUAGACUGGCUCAACCCAUCUAACCCAGAUUCGUUUGCUCCUCCGCGAGAUUGUUCUCAUGGAGCGGUAUCACCAUACUAUAUUGACGUCCGAAAGAAAGAAGACGUGAUCGCAGCUUUCAAAUUCAGCAAAACGCAAAAGGUUCCUCUAGCCAUCAAAAACACUGGACAUGAUUUCUUGGGACGCAGUUCAGCACCAUAUUCGUUAGGCCUUUGGAUGCAUAACCUCAAAUAUAUCUCGCACAACUCGGAAUUCAUCCCUGAAGGGUGUCACAUUUCAGGACAGCCCGCUCUGACCUUCGGAGCCGGAACCCAGUUCUAUGAUAUCAGCGAGUUCACAGACAAGCACGGGCUUCAAAUGGUCGGGGGCUCGGACCAAUCGGUUGGUGCUGCAGGUGGUUGGGCGCAGGGAGGUGGUCAUUCUGCGCUAACUCCAGUAUACGGAAUGGGCGCUGAUCGAACGCUUCAAUACAAAAUCGUAACUCCAGACGGAGUUUUCAGGACUGUAAACGCAUGCCAGGAUGAAGAUUUAUUCUUCGCCCUUCGUGGUGGAGGCGGAGGUACCUUCGGCGUCGUUUUGGAGGCGACCAUGAUGGUUUCGCCGAAAGAGUCCUUUAGGGUUGCGAAUAUCAACUGGCCAGUCAGUAACCAGAAUCUGCAAGCUGUCCUGGAUAUUUUCCUCGAUAAUAUCACAAUAAUUGCUGAAAAUGGAUGGGGAGGGUAUCUAACGCCGAGUAGUGGUAAUCUCGUCUUCAUAACUCCAACUUUGGAAAUAGAGGACGCAAAAAUUAUGAUGGAGCCUUUAGUUAAGCUUACCACUGAGCUAGGGGGAAGUUCCUCGGUUACCGAAGUUGAUUCCUACGAUGAAUGGUUUAAAGGCUGGGUCAACGGAACGAUGGGAUCCCAAGACCCUGUCGGAUUACCAAUAGCCUUGGCUAGUCGUCUGAUUCCUGCCAAAAAUCAUGAAACCGAACAGUCGCGCCUUGAGCUGCGCGAUGCUCUAAUGAACGCCUUUGCCAAUUCAGCCUUCUCUCAGAUUCAUAUUACCACACCCUACGGCUUCAAAGGAUCACAGGGCUUGGACACCAGUGUACACCCGGCUUGGAGGACGACUCUCUAUCAGGUUAUACUUGUCAAUAGCUGGUUCUGGGAUGCGACAAAUGCCGACAGAGAACUCGCCUAUUCACAAUCAACAAAAGCAGUGAAUUUUCUGCGUGAUAUUACGCCAGAUGGCGGCGCGUAUCAUAACGAAGCUGACAUCCACGAGCCUAAUUUUGAGGAAUCAUUUUGGGGUGGACACUAUCCACGGCUAUUAGAGAUCAAACAAAAAUAUGAUCCAGAACAUCUUCUUGAUUGCUGGCACUGUGUUGGUUGGAAAGGUUCAGAAGAUCCUCAAUAUCGUUGCUAUAUUUAG